GCAUUCCUUUAAUGAUUGUUUCCAUUGUAUGCUUCUCCAUACUUUUACAUCAUUUCGGAGGCAAACCUGGUACUUGGUACUUAACUACAUGUAUCUGAAAGUUAAAUGUAGUAGAAGUUACUAUAGGUGUUACUUUUUCCAUACAAAACAUACAAUGAUCUUGUGAUCAUGAUCUAAUAUGUAUUGUUCUGGAUGGCCAACGCUAGAACUAUAAAAAGGUCCAGCUCAACCAAAAAGGCGUGCAGUCCGCAGUAGUUUCGGAGCAUGUUGUGAGGCUGCUCAUUGGCUCAGGGCCUCAGGCACAUGUGGCCAGACUGUGCAGUAUCGGUUUCACACCCUCUUCAUUCCUCUGCUAGUAUGGACGCAUCAGUACGGUAGACGAUCUUUGAAGACGCGCGGAGGGCUUUACAGGUGUCCGGAAGUGACGUAGCACGCUUACAAGACCAGAGCAAAUAGAUGGACCGAGAGAGAGCAGCAGUCGGACAUCUCUGCGGGACCUGGGCCCAGCGCAGCUAAACGGUCAUAGAGCCUGACCUGAGAUCAGAUCACCCCCAGCUGACCUGUGAGAUGCUCAGAAACCACCUGACAGAGCUUUGAGAGGACCAUGGAUCUGAGCUCUGUCUGCUGUGAGUAAUCUGCUGACGCUGCGUCUUUGUCGUACAUCUGCGUGGAAGCGGUGCGAUGUGGAGGUGAUUUUCAGCAUUCAGACAAACCAGUGUGUUAGGACGCACCCCGCUGACUGUCACUGGGUAGCCCAUGCACGUGCACGACACCAUGGGUAGCUCCCCCGAGGUGCUUUCGUGGACGUCCUGCCCCAGUCUGCUGGUGGGCAAACUGAAAGAGGAGCUCAAACUCACCGUGGUCGGGGACAACAUGAAGAACUCAAACGCGCCCAACUCUCAGCCUCCUCAGGCGCCUCCUCUCAACCUACCUCCUCAGAUUAUCACGGACCUCGCCCCGCCGACGCACCUGCCCGUCCCCCUGCAGACGCUGCAGACGCCCGUUCAGGACGAGGACUCAGUGCUGGGGGGUGUAACUCCCCCGAACAUAGCCUUGAGCGUGGACUCGACCCGGAGCGAGGGCGGACACUUUGACAACAGCGUGCUCCAGCUGCAGGAGCAGAGCCACGAGGAGGCCAGGUCUCCGAACGCUCCCUGUGAGCACGGCUGUGGGAGUGUGACGGAGGAGCAGAUGUUAGACUGUCCAGCAGACUACAGUGAAGAGGGGGGGGAGACCCACCACCACCACCAUCCUCACCCCGAUGACAUCAAGCUGCAUUUCCACAGAGCGGGGCCCGGCUCGGGGGGGUUCUUGGAGGGGCUGUUCGGCUGUCUACGACCUGUCUGGAACAUCAUAGGGAAAACGUACUCGACAGAAUACAAGCUACAACAGCAAGACAUGUGGGAGGUUCCAUUCGAGGAGAUCUCAGAGCUGAAGUGGCUGGGCAGCGGUGCUCAGGGCGCCGUCUUCUUGGGAAAUUUCCGCUCUGAGGAGGUGGCCAUCAAGAAAGUGCGUGAGCAGAAGGAGACGGACAUCAAACCCCUGAGAAAACUCAAGCACCCAAAUAUCAUCAGCUUCAAGGGUGUGUGCACCCAGGCGCCUUGCUACUGCAUCAUCAUGGAGUACUGUGCUCAGGGCCAGCUGUAUGAGGUGCUGAGGGCCGGCAGGAAGGUGACCCCCCGGAUGCUGGUGGACUGGGCCACGGGCAUCGCCAGCGGCAUGAACUACCUGCACCUGCACAAGAUCAUCCACAGGGAUCUCAAGUCUCCCAAUGUUUUGGUCACAUACAACGACACUGUGAAAAUCUCUGACUUUGGAACGUCCAAAGAGCUCAGUGACAAAAGUACAAAGAUGUCAUUUGCGGGUACGGUGGCCUGGAUGGCCCCAGAAGUGAUAAGAAAUGAGCCUGUGUCGGAAAAAGUAGACAUCUGGUCAUUUGGGGUCGUGUUGUGGGAACUUCUGACCGGAGAGAUUCCCUACAAAGACGUGGACUCCUCCGCCAUCAUUUGGGGUGUGGGCAGCAACAGUCUCCACCUUCCUGUCCCCUCCACCUGCCCGGAUGGCUUCAAAAUCCUCAUGAAACAAACAUGGCAAAGCAAGCCCAGGAAUAGGCCCUCGUUUCGUCAGAUCCUCCUACACCUCGACAUUGCUGCUGCUGAUAUCCUGGGAGCUCCUCAGGAGACCUACUUCAAGUCUCAGUCAGAAUGGAGGGAGGAAGUGAAGAAACAUUUUGAGAAGAUCAAAAGUGAAGGCACUUGCAUCCACAGGCUGGACGAGGAGCUGAUCCGACGCAGGAGGGAUGAACUCAGGCACGCACUGGACAUCCGGGAGCACUAUGAGAGGAAGCUGGAGCGAGCCAACAACCUGUACAUGGAGCUCAGCGCCAUCAUGCUGCAGCUGGAGGUCCGCGAGAAGGAACUCAUGAAGAGAGAGUCGGCAGUGGAGAAGAAAUAUCCCGGAACCUAUAAGCGCCAGCUGGUCCGACCCAUCGCCAGGUCCAACGCUGUCGAGAAGCUCAUCAAGAAGAAGAGCAGCAUGUCCCACAAACCUGGGAUGCCCAACACCAAACGGCCGGACUUGCUUCGCUCUGAAGGCAUCCCGGGCCUGGACCACCUCCCCUCCCCCUCGCCUCUCUCCGCCAGCCCCAAGAUCUCCACCCCUCCCGGUAAAGCCCGCUACCGCAGCAAGCCUCGCCAUCGCCGCGCCAACAGCAAGGGCAGCCACAGCGAGUUCCCCGGCCUGCUGAGGCCUCUCACCGCAGCGUUAGAAGAGUCCCAGUCCCUCCAGGAGCAGCCGUUCCUCCAUCACCACCACCACCACCUCCCAACCACCGAGGGGCCUCUUCUCCCCCUGAAGGGCCGCGAGGAGGCCGUUGUCAACUGUGCCAACAACCUUCGUUACUUCGGCCCUGCCGCCCCUCUCCGCAGCCCUCAGACGGACCACCUGCAGCGCCGCGUCUCCGGCUGCAGCCCCGACCUCAUAUCAACCGCUGUGGACGCAAACACACGACAGCGGACUUCAUCCACCAGCACCAGCCUCGCUGCUGGUGCUGGGUCUCUGUGCCCCUGCUGCCAGGCCCACCCCUUCCCCGGCUGCCUACACUGUCAGGAGACCCCUCCUGCAGCCAGCCACCCGGAGCUGCCUCACUACUCCCUGCUCAACACCCAGGAAGGCUCGGCGUCCUCUUUAGGGGCCCAGAGCAAAGACCCCGCCUCAGACGGAGAGGCUGCAAAGAAAGCUGAGCCGCAGGAACAGCAGGCAUCCCAACGCACUCACACCCUGGCCAGCGCCCUGCCCCGGACCCUCAGACCCCUCAGACCCCUCAGGAAGGGUGGAGAUGAGUCGUCUGAAGAGGAGGAGGGAGAGGUUGAUAGUGAAGUGGAGUUUCCACGGAGACAGAGGCCUCAUCGCUGUAUGAGCAGCUUCCAGUCCUACUCCACCUUCAGCUCAGAGAACCUGUCAGUGUCUGACGGGGAGGAGGGGAACACCAGCGACCACUCCCACAGCGGGCCCCUGGAGAGGCUGAGCGCCAGCCAGGAGGAGCACCUGGAUGAGCUGCUGUCCCACACCCCCGACAUCCCCAUCGACAUCUCCACCCAAUCAGACGGCCUCUCCGACAAGGAGUGCGCCGUCCGCAGAGUGAAGACCCAGAUCUCCCUGGGGAAACUGUGCUCCGACGAACACAGCUACGAGAAUCCACUACAGUUUGGGGACUCAGACUGUGAUACGUCUGAAGCAGAGUGCUCCGAUGCCACCAUCAGAAACAACAAAGCCCCUUCCUCGUGGUGAAACCCGCCCCCCCCAGGGCUUCAGCUUCUUUUUCAUGCCUUGAGGCCCUCGGGUCCCACUCUGCCCCGCAGAAGAUACAGCAAUAAGAGGACGACAUUGUAAACAAAGCUCCUUAUAGCAAAGCCCCAUGCAAUCUCGCCCAGAACAUCCCUUAUCUUCAUUACAAAAAAAAACGUUCCCUCUCAUCUCUAGCUCAGCAUCCAGGGAUCCCCCCUUUUGAAUGAUAAUGUACAGUAGAACAUUCAUAAUUUAUUUUUGUCUGAGUUUUGAAGGAAAAUCUGUAAAUUCUCUGAAUCUGAACAGAUAAAAAAAAAACAUUUUUAAAACUGAGCAUGGGCUUCGAGGAUGAUGAUGAGGAUGAUAAUGAUGAUGAUCCAAAAUACCCAACCAACAAGGACCUCCCCUCUUACUAAAGAUCUACCUGCUUCAUGAUGAGCCCUGGUACCCUGCCUCCCCAACUUCCAUCCCCUCCCCACCAUGAUGAGUGAGGAAUGGGGAGCUUAUAAAAACACCAGCAUGAACAACCUGCUUAGCAACCGGACUCCUAGAAACCAUGUGUCCCCUCCGUCACCAGGGUCUCCUCUUUACUGUCCAGCAUGCCUGUGCAGCGCGCAAAAAAUGCACAACGCUGCCAGAGGACUGCAUGAAGUGCACAAGCUCUCGGUGCAACAAAGACUGACAGUUAAGGAGACCAUACAAACAAAAAUAAACUCUUCCUCACACAGCUCAUCCUCUUCGAGACAUUGUCAUCAUCAAUCAGGAGAUGUUUAGGGAGGUUUCAGUGUGUAUGAAAACAGCCCUUUCCUUCUCCAUUAGACAUUACAGUUUCAAGUCUCAUCUCAGGAUUGUUCGAAGACUGUGAGAAACUGGACUGGACCAAAUAUUGUGUACGGAUCCUCUUUAAGCGGCACAUACUACGGACCAUAUAGGAAUAUUAAAAAAGGGUCCUCCAGAUAGCCUUGAUGUUCAACCUUUUAUUGCUGACGUUAAAUGUAAUGUAGAGAAGUAGAGCGUUUAAUUUGCUUUCCAGGUGCAGUAACCCAUUUCUUGAAAUCCCUAGGUGCAGCAGUUCCAAUUUAUCAUUUUUCUAGCAGGGUAAAACAAAUUGCUUUCUGUGCUGUCAUGGAUGAAACAGCAAUAAUAUAGGUUGGCGCUCAGGUGAGGAAGAAGGUGCUUGCUCAGGAUCCGGGGCGUCUAGCAGGCUAGAUACAAGAGAGUAAAACAGCUUAGUAUGGAUGCUAUGUUUUUAAAUUGUCCCCUUUUUAUGAACUCACUUUUAAUGCUCAGGGUUUGUGUUGUUGAGAGCAGGAGCAAUAUAUCAACAGCCACUAGAUGGCGGCAUUUACAAACUGCUUACUUUUUCUUGUGUUUUGUAAAAUGUCCUUUAAAGGUUCCCUCCACCAUCCGAAAUGUAGAAUCCCAGCAAUAUCACUAUUCUUGCCUCUGAAAAGGGAUACUGCAUCUGUGAGAGCUUUUUUUUAAAAAAUAUUUUGUAUCCCUAUUAGAGUGUUUGUCAUCCUUAAGGAUUCUGCGUUUGAAAAAUAGCCAGCCAGCCGGUUGAAUUGAACGUUAAAGAUGUCAAGAUGUUAGCUCAUGUGUACGCUGAAUGCCGAGAUAAAGUGAGGAAUAAAAGCCAGAGACGAGGCCCCGGAGCAAUAAAGCUGCUCUUGGUUUUCAACAACCUCAUCUCAGUGUUAGUAACUCCUGUUGUAUACACAUCUGUAAAUGUAAUCUUUCUUUGUCCUCUUCUGUCAAUAGGACCAGCGCGACUGGUAGAAAACGAGCAGGAAGUUCUUUUAUCUGUGUUGUAUCAGUAUUGACAGGAGUUUGUGAGUCAUGAGAAGCGAGUAGCACAAGGCGGAUCUAAAAUUGUGCUGAUGGAUCAAUUCCCUUUUUUUUUUUUGCUUAAAGGUAGGGUAGGUAAGAAUGGAGAAACCAGCUCGAGUGCGCUAGAAUUUGAAAGUACACAACCGAAAAAAAUCUGCCCCUUCCUUCAGACUUCCUUACAGGCUCCAACACACACGAUCGCGUACAUGACCAAUGAGGGCACGAUAUAAGUUUGUGCAGGAGAUGGAAGGCUGACAGGCAGGUAGGCCCAGGGCAGAUAAUUGGUCUAGCUUUUUACAUGGCCACGGCUUCCACAGAUGAAAUAUUUGUAUUAUAUUUAUUGUCAAAGCAUUUCAUUUAUUCAUUGCUAUCGGGAUGUUAAGAGCAUUCCAUGGAAUAUAACAAAAAGUGUUUCUGAAGUGAAUUACCUACCCUACCUUUAAAAGCUUUGGAAAGUCUUGGCCCCGCUGCUGCCGUUCCUUGAGCCUCCUUCACCCUCUUCUUCACUCUGUUUACGUUAGUGUGAAAUAACCUAGUGUAUUAUAAUGACUGGGUAAUCCGAUCAAUAUCCUGUGAAGUAUGAUUGUUGUUAAGAUUUAAUUUAAUUUUGAUCUUUUUUCUUUGUAGCUGGCCUACAUGAUUAUUGAAUUAAUUUAUUAUGAAUGACUGGUAAGGUGUUCUUUAAUUUCAGGCAGCUUUAGAAAUGUCAUGACCUAUGAUUUCUCCUGAAAAAAAGUAUUAUUUAAAGGAAGCACAAUUAAUGGGUAUGGGAAGAGGACAGUAUGUGUAUGGGAGAACAAAAAGCAUCAUCAUAUCAUUGGCUUGAUUUUAUUAUUUGACCUUCCAUCAAUUACAUUAUGAUUAAUUAAGCAGACUUUACAUCAAUAAUUCACAACAACAUCAGGCAUUCUAAAGUGUUUUCAUCUCAACAUAGACAUUUCUAGUACAACCAAAAGCAGUCAGUGGACUGUCACAGCAGGGUAAAUGAGAUGUUAGUCUGAAGACAUGUGAGGCAGAUUCUGUGCUUCUGCAAAGAUCCCUUCUUCUGCAAAGAUCCCUUCUCCUUUUUAUUCAAAACACCAGUUACUAACAUCUGAAUUUCUGUGAAAUUGUCUCUAACUGUAGACAUCAUCUUUGCCUCAUCCCAUGUAUCAAACAUCUGUUUCUUUGUUAAUCUUAUUUCCAACUCCCUUUCCUGUUGAAUGGCAUUACGAUCAACCAAUCCUGUCCGUUUCCUGUAUUAUCCAGUGUACAGUGCAAUGGGUAUCUGGGAGAAAUAAAAUCUGAGCAAACAACUGCAUGGAAUAAAUGCUGAUGUACUGUACCCAA